UGGAAGGGCGCAGCAGCAACAGCAGCAGCAGGAGGGGUUAGCAGGCUUGAUUUGGCGCACCAGCGCCCAGCCUGUGAGUAGCGCAUCUAGGAGAAAAUGAUCGGAACGACAGCACCACUAGCAGUAGCAGCAGCAGCGGCUACGGCGGCGGCGCGUGCAGUGGAUCUGCGGCAGGAGGUGGCAGCCCUGCAGGCCCGCGCCGAGUGGCGGCAGCUGCUGGCUGACCUUGGGGCCGCACCUGGCGGCCCCAGUGUGGCAGACCUGCUGCAGCGUGCGGCUGCGGCUGCAGCUGCAGCUGCGGGGCAGGCCGAGGCGCAGGGCAGCGUUGGGGGCGUUGGCAGCGGUGGCGAUGCAGGCAGUACCUCCAGGCUGGCAGAGGUGGUGCAGCAGGUAGCUUGGGAGAAGCUGCACACCGGCGACUGGUAUGCGGUGGCAGUGGUGUGGAGGGACGCCUACGCGGCUGCCUGCAUCCUUGCAGCCGCAGCGGGGCUGCCCGGCGGCAGCGGCAGACCCGCACAGGGCGGGAUAGGAGCAGCGGCGGCAGAGGAGGCCGGCGCGGCAGCGGCUAGCUCAGCGGCGGCGGAGGCCGCUGCGCUGGGGGCGGCGCUCGGGGCGCUGGAGGGCCGGCGUGCCAAGCGCCCACGGCUGGCGGCGGGCAGCGCCGAGGCGGCGGACGCGGCGCUGCUGCCGCCGGGGUCACUGGGGCCGCGGGGCAGCCCAGUGGCAGCUGCCGACCUGCCGUCUCUGGAAGCCUUCUGGCAGAGCCACAUGUCGGCUGAGACGCCAGUCGUGAUCAGCGGCGCCAUGGAAGGCUGGCCUGCUGUGCGGCGCUGGGCAGACCCCGCUUACCUGGUUACGGUGGCCGGGCCCCGCACCGUGCCUGUAGAGGUCGGGGAGCACUACUUGGCUGACCAGUGGGGCCAGCAGCUGAUGACGCUGCAGCGCUUUGCGGCGGCAGCGGAGCCUGGUGGCUCCCAGCAGGCGCAGCGUGGCUACCUGGCGCAGCACCCGCUGUUUGACCAGAUCCCGGCGCUGGCUGGCGACAUACGGGAGCCGCCCUACUGCUGCCUGGGCGAUGGCGAGGUGCAGAGCAUCAACGCCUGGUUCGGCCCCGCCGGCACGGUCACCCCGCUGCACACUGACCCCCACCACAACCUGCUGUGCCAGGCGGUGGGCCGCAAGUACGUGCGGCUGUACAGCCCCGCCUGUACCACAGCCAUGUACCCGCACGCCGAGGGCAUGCACACCAACAGUGGCAGGGUGGAUGUGGAUGCGCCAGACCUCGAACGCUUCCCGCUCUUUGCUGCGGCGCGCUUCCAAGACUGCGUGCUGGAGGCGGGGCAGAUGCUGUACAUACCCAGGGGGUGGUGGCACUAUGUGAAGAGCACAACAGUCAGCUUCUCUGUGUCCUACUGGUGGAAGUGAGGGGCCUGGGCCAGCGCCCUAGGGAGAGCUGCCACCUCACAUGAAUACCACUCACCCACCCUGCCAUCCUGCCCUGCCGAUCCUUCCCAGCUCUUUAAACACACGGGUUCUUUUGGUUUCUGCUGCUCUUUUUCACUUUCGUUGCAAUGCCCUUGCUCGUCCAACCAUGAUGCCGCAGCCCUCCAGCCGAGCCAGCAGCUGUUUUCAUGUCUUUU